AUGCCCCGAUUUGCACCAGACAGCUGGAAUCCCGCGGUCAACAUCACAUCAUGGUUUCUUAUGAGCUCGACCAUCCUGUGUGUGAUGGCCCGGCUGACCACGAAAUGGCUCAUCUUUCGAAAAUUGACGACCGAUGAUCAUCUCAUUAUUGUAUCACUCGUGAGUUCUUUCAUUGUCGUUGAAUUCGAGCUGCUCGGUUCACAGUCAUUGACACCGUUAUGUCCAUACCAGGCAUUCUGCAUAGGAAACACUAUUGCGCUCUCCAUGGCCACGGCCAACGGAUAUGGCGAUCACACGGACGCGACGUCGAGGGUAAAACAAGACGCUGUUAUGAAGUCUCAAUUUGCGGCCAUGCUGCUCUUUACACUUAGUUUACUGUUCUCGAAACUGUCCAUGAUAAGCUUUAUUCGCGGUCUUUCUCCUACUAUUCGGGAUCGGCGAUUCGCACAUGUCGUCCAGGGCUUGGUAGUGGCAAUUGGAAUCGCGACAUUUCUUGGAUCCGCAUUCGAGUGUCGGCUCCCAAAAACAUGGGAUUAUAUUCAUGGAAAAUGCAUCGAUAAGAUGUCCUGGACGACGUUUAUAACCAUCACCACGAUGAUCACCGAUUUUCUGAUCGUCGUCCAAUCCAUGCUUUUGAUCGUGCAUAUCCAGGCAACGGUCAAGAAGAAGGCCUUGUUUGCGAGUAUAUUCCUCCCUCGCGGGCUGGUAAUCGCCUCGUCCCUCACCCACCUGAUCCUCGCGCAUAAAGCCUCUCCUGAGGAUCCAUUCAUCGCGUCGGCUCCCUCGACAAUCUGUAUGCAGAUCACGCAGUCGCUCAGCAUCGUCACGGCUUGCUGGGGUCAAUUAAAACCCUUCCUCGAUCGCAUCCGCUCCGACGCGUUCAAGCUCUCCGGCGCCGAAUGGACCAAGUCGCAUACUUCGUCCGGCGCAGGGGCAAGCAAGGGGGACAGAACGACAAAUUCACAUUCGCGGUCGCGGCUGAGAUCGAAGGGCUCAAGAAAUGGACUAGGGUUGGAUUUCGUGCCCGAGCCGAUGAAGAAGACAAGAACGAGAACGAUGAUCUCCGUGGGGGAAGAUGAGUGGGAUAAGGGAAGUCAGUCGAGCGAGACGUGUAUCAUCCGUGAAACGCGAAGUUUUGCCAUUGUGGAGGAAACACUGUGGCUGUCGUUUUUCGAUGGUCUCAUCUUGGAAUAUCCUCAACCCUCAUCUACCCCCAUGGACCCACUGUCCGGCGCUGCAAGUGUCAUAGCAGUCAUCCAACUCACUUGUGGAAUCGUAGAGAUUUGCGGGACGUAUAUCAGCAAGGUGGAAGGCGCAAAACAGGAUAUUAUCCAGUUGCAACAGAGCGCUGGGGCUCUCCUGGAAGUGUUAAAAAGCCUUGACGACCUCCUUCACGAUCAAAACAGCCGGGUACUCACUACUAUGAACAAGCUAUCCGACCACAUUACAGCGUGCCGCGGAUCACUCACUGAGUUGAAGGAGAAAAUCGAUCCAGAGACACGACAUCAACGAUCGAAGAAAUGGCUCUUCCGUGCCCUGAAAUGGCCCCUCAAGCGCACAGAGGUCACCAACAUAGUUGAUGAUUUUGAAGGUUACAAAACUCUGUUUAGUCUGGCGAUAGAAAUUGACCAAACAAGACUCUCCAAUACUAUCAACCAAAAGAUCUACUUGAGCGGAUUGCAAAUUGCAAAAGGUGUAGCGUUUGAUUCCUACGAAAACAACCACGACGAAUGUCUUCCAGGAACCCGAGUUGAAUUACUUCAGACAAUCGAAGAAUGGGCAAAGUCGUCCCACGGAACGUGUAUAUUCUGGCUGAAUGGCAUGGCUGGAACAGGAAAAUCGACAAUUUCCCGGACUUUCGCGAGCAGUCUGAAAAGGCUGAAGCUUCUCGGGGGGGGGUUCUUCUUCAAAAGAGGCGAAGAAGAUAGAGGGAAUGCAAAGAGACUUUAA